AGUCAGAAGGAAGUAAAAAAAUCUUAAAUUAUCUCCGUUUCGUUGCGAAAAACUGGUUAAUUAGUUGCUGAAUUUUUGCCGGAAACUAGUGUGGAAAGUUGUGUAGAACCCGUGCGCACCGGAUGCAAUAGUUUUCCAACGCCCAAGGGCGGCUUCGGGGCCGGAAAAAGUGUUUUCCAGUAGGGCCAGUCCGAAUGGCAGUGUCGAAGAAAAAGUGAGCCGAGGAGAAAAAUGUUCCAGCCUGACGUCACGCAGCUCACCAGCAGCACCAGCAGUCGUAGCCGUCGUCGACGUCGUCUUCGUUGUUCUCGAAAGCAUCUUCAGCGAGCGGCAAGUGUCCAUCAUAUGCAGUGCAGUGAACCAUAAGUGAAAUUCAAAAUUUAUCCAACGAGCUUAUUGUGAUUAGAGAAGAAGAAAAAAACUGUUUGCGAACUACAUCAAUUGUGCAAAGAAAAAAUUGUCUUGACAGGGUGCAAAAAAUCCUAAAAUUAUACGUGGACACUAAGUGACCAAUCUCCGGACGCACUAAUGUACGCGAUGGACGACAAAAACUCGUCCGGCAGCGGCGGCGGCACGAGUGGCAGCGGUGGCGGAAGCGAGACCAAAGUUAUCUAUCACAUCGACGACGAAACAACGCCGUAUCUGGUCAAGAUUCCGCUUCCGUCGGCCCAGGUAACGCUGAAGGAUUUCAAACUGGUGCUGAACAAACAGAACAUCAACUACAAGUACUUCUUCAAGUCGAUGGACGCCGACUUCGGCGUCGUGAAGGAAGAAAUCGCGGACGACUCUACCAUACUGCCAUGUUUCAACGGGAAAGUCGUGUCCUGGCUGGUGACGGCCGACGGGUCUAAUCAGUCAGACUGUUCGGAAAUGCAACCGACGGAGAUGAUCGACGGUAGACCGACGCUCGCUCAGCUGCGGACCAUGAACAAACCGAUGAAUAAUAUAAUGAAUAUUCCAAUGAAUCCGCUGACGUAUCAAUCGGCUUCGGUUGUAUCCAGCGAUCUGGACUCGACCAGUCUGUUCGAAACGGAAAGCGAAAUCACAUUAGACAGGGAUAUGACAGAAUGUAGCAGCGUGCAGCGGUUACAGGUACGGAAAAAACCUCAGCGACGCAAAAAGCGAGCCCCAUCGAUGUCCAGAACCUCCUCCUAUAGUUCCAUCACCGAUUCGACCAUGUCGCUGAACAUCAUCACCGUACAGAUCAACAUGGACACGGUGAACUUCCUCGGCAUAUCGAUUGUUGGACAGUCGAACCGUGGUGGCGAUGGUGGCAUCUACGUAGGAAGCAUUAUGAAAGGCGGUGCUGUCGCUCUCGACGGUCGUAUCGAGCCGGGCGAUAUGAUAUUACAGGUAAAUGAUGUAAACUUUGAGAACAUGACGAACGACGAGGCAGUUCGGGUUCUCCGAGAGGUGGUCCAAAAGCCUGGACCGAUCAAACUAGUUGUUGCCAAAUGUUGGGAUCCGAACCCCAAGGGAUACUUCACGAUCCCCCGCACUGAACCGGUUCGCCCGAUCGAUCCGGGUGCAUGGGUAGCACACACGGCUGCUCUCCGCUCACAGGACACAAUUAACACAGAUCUUCCGGAAUCCGUGCUCGAACGGCUACACGUCGACAUGGAUAUGAAAGACAUCGUACGUGCAAUGACCAAACCAGACAGCGGUCUCGAAAUCCGAGACCGGAUGUGGCUCAAGAUUACAAUUCCUAACGCAUUUAUCGGCGCUGACGUCGUCAACUGGAUCUUGGAGAACGUCGAUGGUAUCGGCGAUCGACGGGAUGCCCGCAAGUACGUUUCGCUGAUGCUGAGGCGGGGCUACAUCAAGCACACCGUCAACAAGCUAACCUUCUCGGAGCAGUGCUACUACGUGAUCGGCAACGGCAUACGGCAGGACAUCUCCAACAUGUCGCUGGACGAUACGGAGAGCAUGCUCAGCGAUAUCGCCCCGCUGCCGAAUCCGCCGAUCUACAUGACCUACUCGGGCAACUACAAUCCUUCGCACGGCUACCAACCGAUCCAGUACGGGUGCACCGGCGAGCGGCAUCCGUCGUCCGGUUCGAGCAGUUCCGACAUCCUCACCAGCAAGGAUACGUCCGCGUCGCAGAGCGAUCUGGCGGCCGUCAUCCAGCAGACCAACCAGAUGACGCUCGCGAACGCGUCGAACAAAUCGUCCGGAUCCUCGAACCGCGGUAAUGAGCAAGAUAUGUCAGAGUUUAAGAUCGGUGGUGGCGGUGGUGGCGGCGGCGGCGGUGGCGGGAACAUACUGAUUCGCGGUACCACCGGUAAACAGCAACCUCUGUACCCGAACCAGCAGCAGCAUCAGCAGCAGCAACAACAGCAGCAGCAGCAGCUGAACAGCGGCAGUGCUAACGACGACGAGGGCUACGAGGACAGUUUGUACUUUCAGCCCACGCGAACCCUGCGGAAGGAACAGCUGACGAACAUCUACCAGAACAACAACGUCAAGUAAGCGAUGGUAACGCAGGCAGGUUUGUUCGGGUGGGAAGAAGUGUAUAGUUGUUUUGUAGAAUGUCUGUAAAUGUUGGAAGCAAAAGGAGCUGACUAUGGGUGUAUUGAAGACCGUUGACUGUUCGACUGAUCGAUUGUUCGACAGCUGUUUGUGGGGCUUUAGAGCGUAGAGACAACAUCUAUACGCAAAAAUCCGUAUAAUGUUGUUUGUUUUAUGUCAAAAGGGUUAAUCGACAAUAUUUCGUUUUUAGUACUGACACAACAAUUUAUUCAGCUGUUAUUCGACAAAGACUCAUCGCUCAUGACACGCCAGUGCAUUUCUAUUUUAGUAUGUUUGGAAAUUGUUAGUGCUAAACAGCGCUUUUAGCUGUGUGUAACGCGAACAACUCAUGCUCACAUGGUUAGCAGCCUAAUACGUUCCAAAGCUAGCCCUUUUACCGUUGAAACUAAACUCUUUAUAGUUUUCAUUUGCAUUUUUAUUUGGGCCGUUAUCUUCUUGCCAUAUGUACAAUGGGCACUAGUAAAUUCAAAACGACAAAAUUCUUUAUCACAAUUGGGUAACCAACCUAAUUUAACUUAACUUUACAUAAUUUGGACACUUCCAUUUUAUUUUGCUAUAAGUGCCCAAAUUAUGCACAGCUGCUGAUGGGGUCCAAAAUACGUUGAUUACCCUGUAUCGAUUAAAGUUUUAAACUGUCAAAGAACCUAUAUUAUUUACUAAAAAAUUAGGGACGAUACUAAGUCAAAUUUGACGAGAAUUAUUCAAUUUAGCUCAACUUUUCCCAUUAUUCUGGCAGAGUCUUCGUUUUUAGGCUAUCCACGCAUCAAACCAUUUUUCCUGUCAUAAUAGGAGCGGAAUUUCUGACCAACCAGAUCAUAAUAUCUAAGGAAUAUGACGGGUGGAGUAAGCGUUUCCAUUUGAGAGUUUCCAAGAAUGUUUUAACGGGUUUGACAGUGUGACACCGACCAUUGUCAUACUGUAGAAUCGCUUUUUCGUACCUCUGUUUGUGUUGUGACCGCUUUUCGCGGCAGCGCUCGGCUGAACCGUAUUCAUUCAAUUCUGCAAUUCUCGCGUAACUUUUCAAAAGGACCUAUCUAACAAAACACUUUUUGCAAGUAAAGCGCGCGCAAAGAUUGAUGAAAUAUUAUUUGAAAGUGUUUAAAACUGAAUCAAUUUUUUUCUAUUCUGUCCUCUGCAAAGUCAGGAUGCAUAAAUGUACUUUGUAACAAUAAAGAGAUCUUGCAAUUUUAUGCAGAAUUUACAUGGAAUAAGCCCAAAAAGUUACAUAGUACAUUUUUUCAACCGGAAUGUACAUUGGACAUAUUACAUAGGUCGUUUUGAUUAACUUAUUGUUGGAUUGGUUGUUUUGAAUCUUCAUUUCAUCGUUCCCGGUAAUGCGAUAUUUCUAUAAUAUGAUUUCAAUAUCAUGAUAUUUAACAUAAAUUCAAUAUACAUAUGUACAUAUGAGCAGGAACGGGGCAAAAUUUCUUCUAACGUCUAGGAACAUAAGGCAUUCGUUCAAAUCGCUAUGUGUAAUCAAUAAAUAAUUUAUCAUCUUUUGACGAUUAAUUUACCAUUCUUAACAGAUCUGAUUUUUAUGUUUAACAGAUGUGAUUCAUUCGUAUGAUUUGAUUCAUAUGAUUGCAUAAACAAAUUUAACAGAUAUCGGCCAGCUAUUAGUUGUGUGCUGUGCGCUAUUCUCAUUGUAAGCCACAUUGGUAUCCGUUUCCUCGCUGCUAGGUAAGAUGUUACUCUCUACUCUGUAAUCGACUGCUGAGAGAUUAAAUUCUUGUGAUUACGACCGCAGCUCCACUGUUUGACGUAAGUUAUACAGAUCAUGAUUUGUAAAGUUGGCGAUAUCUUUCAAAAUAUCGUUCAUUUUCCAUCUCUCCAUAAGAUAUAACAAAACAUAUAGGGGAAUGUCCCCGGUUAUGAAAAAGGUUUUGUUUUUUGGUCAUAGUUUUUUAAUCGGAUCAUCCAAAAGUUUGAAGACAUACAUAUCUUUUUGUUAAAGACUGCGUAUUUUUUCGUUUAAAACAAAAAAGUUAUAAUAAUAUUAGAAAACAGGGUAUUUUUUGCCAAUAAAAGUGCCCCUGGUUGUAAAACACUUUGCAAAAUCCAUUAAACAGAAAAGAAAACAAAGGAAUACAGAUGGAAAAUAAUAUAUAAAAAUCAUUUAUUAACGAAAACCCUUUAAAUACAGUCAUUUAUCCGUUCCUCCAAAUCAUCCACAUCUGAAUUGCGCGUAAUGUAUGUAAAAACGAGAAGAUCAAGUUUGUAAUAGGCAAAUUUCAUAAAUCGUAUGCCUGAAUAGUAUUUUAAAAGUAUUUUAGUUGAACUAUAAAAUAGUUUAUUUUCUGGGUAUUUUAGAACUGGAAAACUUUACUGUUUCACAACCAGAACUUUUUCACAACUGGAGUCAAUUGCCUAUCAUAUUUAAUCAUCAAUUUUUUUUUAAUUAUUGAAAGUGCAACGAUCAACACCUGGAUGAGUAAAUUUUGUCCAAGGUCCUUGACUCAGAAAGCUGAAAAGUAUAUUGAAAUUGAUUUAUAAGUCAUAAUACAUCACUAUUAUAUUUCACACAAUUACCGUUCAUUUGGUUAGAUAGCGCUUGUUUUUCCCUAUUCUGUGCAGAAUAAACACUAACUGAAGAACCUAUGAGCAUCCUUUUGAAUAAGCAACUGCCUUCGGUGCGUUCAAGAUCAGAUUUUUAGAACUUGAUGUGCAAUACCCUUCAAGACAGAAAACGACCAAAGUACAGAUUUGUGUUGUUUGAUUUGUUUGUUACUUUGGACGUUGUCUUGGUUACCAAAGCAAAUGUCCGAUGUAACAGUGGAACAUGAAUGAUUCAAAAUUGUACAUAGGAUAUUUUGCCUGCUUUGAUUUUCUCAAUUUAAUGAAUAUCAAUUUGCAUGGAUGUUUUCGUAUAAUAUUUAUAGGCAUGUGAUUAAUUAUGAUCAACUAUCAACUCGAUUUUUUAACAUUUGUUACUUAGGACCUUUUGAAAAGUUACGCGAGAAUUCACUAGUGAUAAUUUCGUUCCGUAUCAACUGCUCGCAAUGAAUAACGUCGAUCUAAUCCCAGCAAACACAGAGCAUACCCUUCGCAGCGCGUGACAAUUUGGUUAGAAUUUUAACUGUGUAGUCCCCACGACAGUGUUUGCUUUGUGUUGCUAUGGUAAAUUCAUUUUUCUUUACCCAUACGAGGAAGAAAAGCCUUCCUGUUUUGCUACUGAAGCAGUUUACAGACGAAAAAACGGCGCUCAGCGUCGCUUGAUUUUAUAUCAUAAAACUCAAGCUCUUUGCUUUUGGAUCAGCAUUUUAAUAAACUUUUUAGAGUUCUCAAAUACAAAAACUUCAUGUAAAUAUCCACGCAUAAUCUUAAAAUCUUUUUCCGAUAUAUGGCGAUAAGUAUAGCCGCGAAUCGAUCGGAAAGCAUUUCACAUUCUGUCCACGUGUAAACGUGCUGUAUCUUGUUCCAGUAACGAAGAAGAGCUAAUAUCUUCAUCGCUCUGGUGUUUUCUAAUGCUGACCCAAACAACAUUUUGCUACAGAUUUUACUCGAAAAAACCAGACUCAAAACUUCAUGUGGAGUUCUAGUUUCAUCAAACUUUGAGACUAUAAGCUUUAACAUUAUGAUUAGCUCUUUGCUUCAAUCCUUCAUUGGAUCUCCUCUCUAUAACCUGAUACCCACAUCUCUCCUUUGAUACCACUCAUAAGGUUUUGAGCAAAGACGGGAACGACUCCUCUUGAUACCUCAUCGAUACUCUGGUUUCCAUGUUGGCCCAAAACUUCUCAAUUGGUUCUACACGCUUAAGAAAUUUAACUCACAAUUGAAUAAGAUUAACUCAGAAAUGAGUGAGUUUCAACUCAAAAAUGAGUAAAAACCGACUCACUUCGACAAAAAAGGGAACAGCCCAAAAAUAUGAGUAAUUUAGCAAUUUCUCAAUUCUGAGUAGUUUAGGCCGACCUCAUAACUGAGUUAAAUUUACUCGUAAUUUAUGUAAGUACUACUCAGUUUUGGUUGAAAUGGCACUUUUGAGUAAAUAUUUUUCAUUAAUGAGCUGCUGCGUUGAACUCAUAAAAGGAGUAAGAGUUGCUUAAAACAGUGCGUAAAAAAUACGCAUGUGUUGAGCUGUUCCACUUUUUGUGAAAGUGGGUUAAAUCUUUAAGCGUGUAGUGUCGACGAGCUCGGUAAGUGGAUGUCAUUUGGUUCAAAAAAUUACCUUGUAAUCUCUGUCCCAGUCUAAGCCACCGGAGUAGCAGGAUGCCAAAUCCGGCUGAAACAGCGCCUCGCUCCUCCAGAAGUCCCGGUUGAUUUGCCCGUUGAUGGUACCCGUCGUGAUGUAUGGCUGGCUCCAAGAACCAAGAACUUUUUGGAGAAUUUGUCAAUUUUAUUUUUCCUUACCUCCUCAAAUACGGCCAACCGUGAUGUGGCAGCAUAAAACUCCUGCCCCGCAACUGCCUUGUGUCCGCCUUGACGUAUCAUCCAUCAAGACGCACUUCUGUUUCGUCGAUCUCAUACCGCGAGUUUAGCCACAGUAUUUUGUUUGUCAUUCCGGUACGGUACCUUCCGGACGUUGAAGACGGGGAGGCCGGCACGUCCCAUUGUUUUUUGGGCAAACCAAAUGGAAACAUCAGCUUACCAGUAUUCGGUUCGACAUGAAUGCACUAUUAAAGUGUAAAAUGUCGUAAAUAAAUAACAACAACAAGUAUUCGGUUUUCUGUCACUGCCUGAUCGCUGCUGGAUCAUCUGGGUGUCCUUGAAUGACUUCAUCAGCCGGGAUACCGUCGAAUGAUGGAUUCAUAGGUGGUUCCUGCUCCAUCUGGCAUUGACCCAUUUGGUGGCUUAGCCCGAUGCCACCUCGAUAACCACAGAUUGUAAUGAAAUUCUACCGGUAAGUGCGCAAUGUUGUUUUUGAUCCACUCUUAGUUGGUACGAAUUUUUCGUAAGAGUGAGAUUCUUAUUGAUAAGUGGACGUAUGCAGUGAUCUAUACUUCUUGAUCGAAGCGCCUUGUGGAGGGAGAUGGAUUCCAAAUAUAUGAACUCGUCAACCACUUCCUGUUCAUCAUUGACGGCGAUGAAGUUCAGUCGCUGUUCGUAGGAGGCGAACGUUUCCUACUAGCAUGGUUGUUACAAACCAGUUGUUGCAACCGAUAUGAGACUUACUUCAGUCAUAUCUGAGUUGCUAUAACCAUAAGGGACAAAAGUGUGCUGCUUGGGUUAUUUUCUCUCGAGCCUCUUCCUACCACCUAUUUGGUUUUUGACGCAUUGAUUUGAAACGCAAUCCUCCUGGGAAUCGUUUUUAGCUAGGCGCAGGUUGCCUCCGGCAUCCCAAAGUUUCUAGUAAUGACGUCAAAGUCAUCUGAGAAGGCCAGGAGUUGGCUGGAUCGUUUCCCUCAUUUCAAUGCCCAUUCACCGUAUCACACCUUGAAUAGGAGCUGUAUGCACUACGUCUCUUUAGAUCAGUGGUGCCCAGGCAUUAGCAUGGUGCGGGCCAAAUCAGAUCGCUCAUGAAUGCCGCGGGCCGCAAUAAUCUCUGGCCAUUCCUGUGCAUAACAAAAUGUAAAAUAGGCGACAACAAAAACCAUUUUCUAGGAAUCACCAUGAGAUUUAAACCGAAAAGUAUUCAGAUUCACAAGAUGCGCAAGGCAUAACGAUUAAACUGAGGGACUCCUAUGUCAUCAAAAAAAUUUCUCCCAAGUCCACCAUCUUUGAAAUCAUCGGCCCGCGGGCCGCAGUUUGGCCAUCACUGCUUUAGAUCAACAUGGGUUUUAUCCUAAACGUUCCACUGCUGCAAACCUUGUGCAGUUCACAGUAAAAUGUUGACAAAACAUGAGCGUAGGUGGCCAGAUUGAUGGCGUCUAUAUAGAUCUGAAAGCUGCAUUUGACCUUGUUGGCAACAACAUAUUACUGGUUAAAUUGAAUAAACUUGGUGUUGGCUCUGACCUUGUACGAUGGUUUCGAUCCUAUAUGUUGGAUCGAAUGCUCUACGUGAAGUUGGGUAAGGUGCAAUUCGAGUAUUUCUCGAAUCUCUCCGGCAUUCCAAAGCAAAGCAAAGCCUAGGUGCUACAUUCCCAAGUAACAAUUUGGGUUUUAUAACACUCUUAUGAUGGCAUUCAAGACCAAAAUUGGUCUGGAAGACCACCAUAAGAGUAAAAUAAAACUCAGAUUGUUGCUUGGGAUUCCGCUAUCGAAACUAGACCUUCUGUUUUUAUACGACAGACUUCGCAGCCAGCUGUUAGAGUGCAGUGCCACAUGCUACGAUUCUAUUGACUCUAACAGCCUCUCCCAGUUGAGAUUCGAACAUACGACGACUGGCUUAUUAAACCAUUCCACAGGGCGAUAAUUUAUGACCUUCACGCUGUUUAUCAACGACAGCGCUCCUGAUUCCAGAUAAUUGCCGCUUGCUUUUUGCAGUCGAUAUCAAACUAUUUAAAAUUGUCAGAAAUACUGCUGACUGUUUAGAACUCCAGCACUUAGUUGCCUUUUUUGCAAUGUUAUUCCAAUAAUCAACUAACUGUCAGUAUCGAGAAGUGUUGUGCGAUUUCAUUACAUCACAAGUCCAGUCCGUUUAUACUCAAAUUUCCUAUGUGUGGUCAGAUUGUAGCUAGAGUGGAUUGGGUUCGUGAUCUGGGUCUAACUUUGUAUACACCGCUCGUAUUUAAGCCUCACUAUAACGAAAUAUUUGCCAAGGCUAAUAGACAGCUUCUGGAAUUUCGAGAUUCUAUUUAUUUUCGUGCGUUAGUGCGUUCUAUUCUUAAAACUAACACCAAACCACUAGGGUCCAUUCAACGCUAAUUGGAUAGCAAAGAUUGAAGCCGUGCAACGAAGAUUGGUACGGUAUGCUUUACACUUUCUUCCAUGGCGUAACGAACUCUAGUUGCCAGAAUACGUGAAACGCUGUAUCUUAAGACUAUAAAAUGUUCGAUGUUUUUAUUCCAACAAAUAAAUAAAUAAACAAAUAGUGAUAAUAAAUAACAUAUUGGACAGUAUAUCCUCCUGCCGCAAUCUUCCUUGCGAUUCGAAAGGACUCGAGAGUGCCUCCGAAACACACACGUAGUAAAUCGCUCACUCCUGGGUAGCUUUGAUCAAAACGUUAUACCUUGUCCUUAGUAUUUUAGAAUUUUAAACUCAGUUCGAAUCUGUCUCUUCUUUCUCAAUUAUCGUUCGGAAGCGUUAAGGGGACAUAGUACUUUUUCAAUUUAAAAAAAUCAAAUUUUUUUCUGGAUUUGGAAAAUUAACAUUUCGAGCAUAUGUGGUUGAAGCCGUUUGGAUGAAUUCCAAAAACUGACAAAGGUACAGUUAUUUGCACCACGCAUACCUGGAAUGAUUACACAGCGAAUAAAGACAUCAAUGCCGUUUUUCUCGGAACUAGAUUUUGUAUAUUUUUGUAUAUUUUAGAAUUUUUUUCGACUAAAACCGAACUUGAACCGACUUGAAUGUCCGCCAUUUUGUUAUUAUGCCGCCAUUAUGCAUUCUAAUUUAAAAAAAAAGAUGGAUCAAACACGAGAUAAUUUUAUAUACUUUUAUGUCAUUUUGGAAUGUUUCAUUUCGGAUAAGCCACCGUGUGCCAAUCCAUAGUACCGCAAUUCAUUUUUUUUCUGAAUGAACUUCUUCAAAGAGGUUGCCAUAUGGAAUUAAAAUUGUUAACCCUAGAGUGGGCGCGCGGGCAACGCUAUUUUUACACGCAAUUUUCGACCGCUUUUUCAUUUCUUUUUGCUAUAUUUUGGCAUUAGUAGAGAAAGGAAAAGUAGAUCGUCAAAUACAAGCAAAACCUGGAAUGAAUUGAAUGAAAUUUUGAUGAUUUUUCGCGUUUUUCGAAAACGCGUUUUUACGUGUACAUUACCGUGCAUACUUUAGGGAUAAUAAUCGUCUAAAGUGCAAUGUUUAAAGUGCAAAAAACUUGAAUUCAUUCGUCUGGCGCGUUAUCGAGAAAAAAUAUUUGAAAUGAGGCAAAAAAUGUGGUGUAAAGAGUAUUAUGCCCCCUUAUCCGUGAGCUCAAACCACUGCACAGUGGGGAUUUUUUGUAUUUCUUCUUCUUCAGCAGCAUAGAUCCGGGGUGGCUCGUGCUGUUUCAAGCACUCGUCUCCAUUCAACUCGGUCUUGGGCCACUCGUCGCCAAUUUCCUAGUCGUCUCAGAAGUCGCAAAUCGCUUUCGACCUGGUCGAGCCAUCGUGCAUGUUGGGGCCCCCUGUUCCUGGUGCCGGUGGUGUUGUUGAAGAGGACUAUUUUCGUCGCACUGCCGUCCGGCAUCCUUACGACGUGUCCGGCCCACCGUAGCCUGCUAACUUUCGCUAGAUGUACGAUGGGAGUCUCCCCAAGCAGUGCCUGUAGCUCGUGAUUCAUACGCUUCCGCCACUCUCCGCUUUCAGUUUGCACUCCGCCAAAUAUCGUCCGCAGCACUUUUCGUUCAAACACGGCAAGGGCGCGUGUGUCCUCCGUAAUCAGCGUCACGGCUUCAAGUCCAUAAAGAACUACCGGUCUAAUAAUGGUUUUGUACAUUGUUAGCUUCGUGCGGCGGCGUAUGCUUCCUGAUCGUAGCGUUUUACGAAGAGCGAAGUAGGCACGAUUUCCCGCUUGGAUGCGCCGCUGGAUCUCCUUACUAGUGUUGUUGUCCGCGGUCACCAGCAAUCCCAAAUACACGAACUCCUCUACCACUUCUAGUUCGUCGCCGUCAACGGUUACCGUCCGUGGGAGGCGCGCGUUUUUUUCCUUUGAGCCUCUUCCUUUCAUGUAUUCGGUCUUCGACGCAUUUAUUUUUAGCCCAAUUCUCCUAGACUCCGCUUUCAAUCUGGCGUAGAUUGCCUCUGCCGUCGCAAAGUUCCUGGCAAUGAUAUCGAAAUCAUCUGCAAAGCCUAGAAGUUGGCUACUCGUGGUAAAAAUCGUGCCUCUCGUUUCGAUGCCCGCUCGUCGGAUCACCCCCUCAAGAGCGAUGUUGAACAGCAAGCAGGAUAGACCGUCACCUUGUCUCAACCCUCGCCGCGUCUCGAAGGGACUCGAGAGUGUCCCAGAGAUGCGUACGAAACACAUCACUCGAUUCAAUGUAGCUCUGAUCAGUCGCGUCAGUUUGUCCGGAAAACCGCAUUCGUGCAUUAUCUGCCAUAGCUUGUCUCGAUCGACUGUACCGUAUGCUGCUUUGAAAUCAAUAAAGAUGUGAUGCGCGGGAUUUUUUGUAUAAAAGUCUUUUAUUUCCGUAUCUUCAAAUGCCGCUGAGCUUCACUCAAUAUUUUAAUAUCAAAAGAACGCGGUUUUUAUGAGGAUUCCAAUGGCGUGGUUCUUAUUUACGGUACGUUUCUUCCUAGCUGUUUUGGCCAUAUGAAGGGAAUUUUACCCUACUUUUCUAGGAAUACAUAGAUGUAUUGAUCAAUAACUCUGGAAUCCGCUGGGAUAAAACUGAUCUUGUUUCGCCACAAGAAAGCUAACUUUAUGUAAAUUCCGAUGGCAGAGUAUAUGAUCGCGACAAAAUUAGUCAUUUUACCCUAAAUUGCUCAGUUUACUGCGCAUAAUAAAGGUAGCAUGAUCGUUUUCUGAUCAAAAUUGCAAGAAACAAACAGGUGCUUUGAACAAACACGAAACUGUUAGAAUGCAUAUAAAAUAACUUCAUGGAUAAAACUCGGGUAAAAUGCCGUUUGAUUGACGAAAACAGUAAGUAACAACCAUGUGUCGUAAAUAAAUACCAUGGCGUCCGAUUCCUCUUGAAGGUAGCUUAUUUAUGGCGAAAAAAUAUCAAUUUUAUCCCAAUGGAAUCCGGAGAUAUGGACUAUUACAUAUUUUCAUGUCAAGAAAAGUAAGGUAACAUGCUCUUCUUUUGGCAAAAACUGCUGGGAACAGAUCCGUGGCGUAAACAAGCAUCACACCAUUAGAAUCCUUAUAAAAAUAUCUUCCUUUUGACAUUAAAAGAUUGAUUCUAGCCCAGUGGCAUUCUGAGAUAUAGAGAUAAAGAACUCUUUUUCGAAAAAGUCCUCAUUGUGCUCUACCCAGGUAACCAAUAAGCAUUUCUAAUGCAAUUUAAGUGCAAGCCAAUAAGCAUUUAACUUGCCCUAAAUGCUUUGCUACUUAAAUGCUAUUUUGGCAAAAUAAGCGGCUACUUUACUGCUAGCCCUCUUUUAGUGCUGACAAUGCUUAUUUGCAGCUUGUUACCGACAAGAAGAAUUUAAAUAGAAUUGUGGAUGCCAAUUUACAACAAUUAUGCAGUCUGCAGGCUGAUAAACAACAACCUGCAGUAUAAAACGCCAGGGAUGCUAAUAAACGAUUGAUUUACUGCUUAUACUAACGCUUAUUGGUUACCUGUGUACUUUCUGUAUGCUUUGAGCUUCAGAUUAUGUUUGAUGAUAUUCCUCAUCGACGGCUGAGAUACUUUCAAAUUUCUGGCUCAUUAGUCAUCCAGAUUGUGCCGUAUUCCGGCGAAUUCGCUCCCUAAUUUGAUAUAACCGUGUCUUUCUAUUUUUUUCUGGUACGGAAGAUAAUUCUCCCGUUGCUAAGUGUUGCGUUAUCCAAUGGGGUUUGUACUGUUCCUCUGAGUGUUACACAGGAAACACCAAUAACCCGUUUUGUGAUGAAGCCACCGCGUGUGAAUCUUCACUUUAACAAAUGUUACAUAAAAUGUUACAUUGGUAAUAAUAUUUCUACAAUUUCCCUGCAAUUCAUUGAUACACCCACCUCGACCGUUAAAUUAGCCAUAACACGAUUUGUACUCUUUCUAAACUUCCCAGUAAUGGUAAAAGUAGAUCCCUUGAGUGGAUCGUCGGUUUCUGACUCAUAAGAUGACAAAGUCAUUGGAAGCGGCCUUCAUAGACGCACCUCUGCGAAGAUGUACUUGAAUUGCUUCUUCAGAAAUCGCUUGGUUCUAUCACCGCGCAAUUUGCAUGCGUACCGUGUCGAGAGCUCAUUUGGAGUCUUCCAUAACGGGGGCAGUUUUCUGUAUGCGCAUUAGCCGCAUGAUUCUCCUCGCAAUUACCCACAGCACAAAACAGCAUAAAGAAAGGUGGUCAUAGUUUGUUCAUGCAUACGUAGGUAGGCAGUGCUAAUCCGGUGAAAGUCAUCUGGAAGAAAUCUGACGGAGAAUAUACUUGACUUGCCAAGCGUUACUUUAUGAAAUUGCUUGCAGUCCAGUGUCUACCGGCUAAACAGCGGAAUCCUUCGGAUUGGCCAAUUCCAAAAUCCAGAAGGUCCUGGAUGGUCAAACUAGGAGUGUUAAACUCCACUACGCAAGCCAGAAUGUACACCGCUAUGCUCUUGCGUAAAGAACACGCAAGUAAUAAUUUAGUUUGAUUGCUUUAGACUCAUAACUGAAACUAGCAGAUUUUUUCGCUUAUACUACAGAAUCUUGAUCACAAGUGAACAGAAAAUCAAGUCAAUUCCCUCGGGUAGAGAUUGACUCGAAGGGCUGGCUGGAGGUUCGGAAAAAUCCAUUUGAUCCUUAUUAAAAGCGUAAUACAAGCGGUUAUGUCCACCAGGCUCAAUAUACCAAGCAGUUAAAAAUAAAAUUAAAAAAAUACUUAACCAAAGCACUCAUUAAAAAGUGCUUUGUAUCGCCCUAUUUCGCAUGCGACUCAGCUAUUCGUAAACAAGAUUUUAAUAAAAACUCCACAAUGUCUGUUUUGAAUUGAUGUGUAUAUCCAAUUUAAUUUUUUAAUGUGCUAGCCUGAAUAAAAAUUUAUGAAUUACACUCUGUGGUAAGACGGAGUCUAACGUUAGACAUGAUGUUAAAUCAUGAGGCAGACAACGUGAAUACAAUCUAUAGUUUGUAUUCGUAUGAUGGAAACUGGUGUGCGUGAGUGCGUUGUUGGGGCUCUUUAUACAAACAAUAACCGUCACUCUUCUGACAAAGAUCGAAGCUUGGUGCACAUGUAACAACUAUACGUGAAACUAACAUAUUCGUUUGAACAAGUUCUGCAUCUGUGCGACACUGCGACGAACAUUUUAGUUUCAUUAUUUUCAUUCAAUCGAGUAUACACACAUUCGAGCAUAUUCUAGUUUCACUAGCAUUCAGCAGACAGCGUUGCUGUGGUCAUCCCUUGACCUUCAGCAGGGUUUUCAGUCUCCUUGAUGAAAUACUUUCACUGCAAUUAAAUUUAAAGGAACGCUAAAGUAUAUGACUAAUAAGUGAUUGUUACCUUUUUGAAAACCCCCUGGACACAUUUUUACGUUAGACGUAAAAGCUGCCUCCUGACCUAACCAAACCUCUUGGUUGUUAACGCAACUGAUAAAGAAAGUCACAUUGGAAUGCUAGACAUUUAUUGCAGCUGCUAACAGACUUCCUCCACCUGUAAGUUAUAACACACUGCUUAAGUGAUCAUGAGUGAGGGAAUUGUGGCCAGAACUGACUUUCAAACGAACCCCUGCAUCUAACCUAACCUAGUCUUCCUACUUCCACAUACAUCCAUUAAAUGUAAUUUGCUAAAGUUUUCCGCACAAACAGCUGCUACAGGACACCGGUGAAACGCUGAAAAACAGUCAACGGUAUCUGGGACGACCGACAGACAAAACCGGAACUAGCAAAUCUAGAAAAGUUGAAAACAACAAAAUAAAAAAAAAACAGGUACAUACAAAUAACGCAAUGCGCCAGCAAGAAGACACAAAUGAGCAAAAAAAAACGGAAUGGGCAAAGCAGAUGAUGACGUCCGGCAUUUGUGGUGCAAAGGGGGUGGGCCAGAAGUAAGGGUGUGGGGGCUGUCCAAAAGCACAGUGGAGAUUAAUUUGAAACUAAAUGCAGAAAUGUUGCAAAAGUAGAAACUGAAACCGACAGAAAAUUUGUUCCGGAAGCAACUGCAACAACAACAACAACAACAACAACAACAACAACAGCAAAAAAGAAGAAGCAAAACUUUCCCACAAUCAAACAGUGAUAGCAUGUCGGUGUCGUCCACUCAUUUACUGCCUGCCGCGCCGACUGGCUUUCAGUUUAAAUUAAACGUUCAGGAAAAUAAUUUUCUUCGAGGCAGAAAAAACACACCCUGGAAAAGCUGUUUUUUCUAUGUCAAGGAACCGCUUCAAAUCGAUUUUUGAAGAAUUGCUAAAAUGUUCAUUCUAAAUCAGAUACCUACAGUCUGGAUUGAUUAGCUAAAAUAUCAUGAUUGGCAUUGCUAGACGUGCAACUUUCAGUGGGUUUCAAUUUCUCCUAGUAGCAGUUCUGGUAUACAGAUCGAUCUGAGAAAACAAUCAACAUCCUUCUACUGAUGAAAGUGCAUCCAUAAUCGGGGCUCCUCGCCUAGUGCAAACCAGCACAUAGCUGCAAAGAUACAAAAGGUAAAAACAAGUAAAUCGCAAAACAAUGAUAAAAAAAACAAAGAAAAAAAAGAACGGACAAAGGUUCGUUUUGGAUUUACUUUAUAUUUUAUUGCAAGCAUAUUUUAUUUUAUGUUUUAUAUUUUUACAAAAAAAUCUUUACGUGUCUGCGGGACAUGGGACUAAACGACGAAAAUAUAUAAAAUUCUAUAUAUAUUACGAAACCAUUGUAAAUGUGUUUUUUUAAUUAAUUCGCUAUAUUUAUACCGGGCAGCAAUCGAGAUUCAAAGCUAUAUCUAAUAGUGUAGAGUUACAAACAGAAAGGAAAUUAACAAAAACUCUGUGUUUGAAUGACACUGAACAAGAGAAUUGAAAGUAUUAACUCAAUUGUUUCACUCCCGGAGGAAAAGCUUAUUCGGUUCAAAUUUGUUUAGAGUGAGAUGGAAAAAUUUGAAGAAUAAAAAAAACCUAGCGCAAAGAAGCUACAGUUCGUAAAUGUGUAAUGAAAACAAAAAUACAGGAAAUUAACUUGUUUUAGUUCGUUCCGUUAACGUUUGGUAUGUUCUUCUACAGAGCUGAUCAAUGUAUACAAUGUAAGAUUGGGAAUGUCACACGGCCGGGUUCUGACUUUACAAUUGAACGAAACAAAAAAAACUGAAUGAUAAAACAAUGAAAUAAAAAAAAUAGGAAGCUGCUAACCUGCUGCAGCUGAAACGAAUUUAUACGAUGGCAGCAAAAACAAAAAUCCUCAAAUCUGAGAGAGUGAACUGUACGAAAUAAUCGAAAUCUAAACAUGUUUGCUAAACAGAUCGAUAGGAUUACUAUCAGGAAGACGUACGAAGUCAGAAGC